GGUAGCGCAGAGAACCAUCUCAUCCCGCUGUCUGUGCUUGCGCAUCCCUGGCUGGCACCUUUCCUUGGCCACAGUGCUAGGAUCUCCCAGACACCUGCUGCUCCUUCCAGAAGGACCACUUCCUUAGCGCCUCUGGUGGGGUCCUGAGACCUGCAACCCUGCAGGUCUUUUGGAGGGCGAAAGAAGAGGUUCCCCGCGGGCGAGGGAAAGAGGAAAAGUAGCCAACCAUGUCGAACAUAAUGUACAAUCAGAUGUGGCGUCAGACCCAGGAAGCCCUCAAUUCCUUGCUCGACAAAGAGUCUCAGAAGAGGGCGGAGCCUCCCAGAAGUGAAGUGUUCAUCUUCCAGAUGUUAGCCACCUUCUACAUCAAGUACGUGCAGAUCUUCAGGAACCUGGAGGACGCCUACGACCAGAUGGUGCACCCGCAGAAGCGCACGCUCAUCCGGAAGGUCCUGGACGGGGUGAUGGGCCGCAUCCUGGAGCUGAAGAAUGAGAUGGUGGAGCUGGAACUGGGCGAGUUUCACUAUUUUGACAAUAUCUUACAGGACCUAAAGUUGACUCCCCAACAACUAGACAUUCCCAUACCCAAGUAUUUUUUGAAGGAGAAGGUGGAAGUUAUAAAGGAAAGAGAGAAGAUCCUUGCUCAGAUACUGGUGGACUCCGGAGUAGGCCGACCUGAAGUGGAGAAAUCCCCGGCCAGGACUAUGCCCCUGGAAGAGGCCGUGAAAGCCAUCCAGACUGCGGAGCGGGCGCGGCAAGGCCGCCUGAGGGCGCUGUUCAUGAAGCACAUCUUCCUUCAAGAGUUCAAAGCCGUGCAAUCCCGGAUCCUGGGCGAGAGAGUAGCGGAUGUGGGGGCUGCCGCCCUGCGUAUCCAGAAGGUUUGGCGAGGUUUCCGUCAGUGUAAGAGAACCAAGCUGGAGAGGGAAGAGGAGAUGGUGUUCCUGGGGAUGCACCCGCCUCAGCUGCUUGACGAGGUCAGCGAUGCCAUGAUCCAGGCCCAGAAGGUGACCUGUCUGCGGAGCGCGGUGCAGAGCAAGCAUGAGAACAACUACAGACAGGCCCUGGUCACCAUCAAGGACGAACUGAAGCUCACGGAGGGUCCGGACAUCAAGGAGAACCUGCAGGACCAGAUCCGGCGCUGGUUCAUCGAGUGCAGGAACUUGACCGGCAACUUUCCCGAGUACCCUGAAGCCGAAGAAGGGGGUUCUGCUGUCAUUUUCUCAAACAAGACCCCACAGCAGGUUAUUGAGGAUAUUAUUGCCAACCAAGAAGAAGAAGAAAAAAACAAAAAGAAAAACAAGACACAGGAAAAGAAAGCCAAAAAAAAGGAAUUAAAGAAAGGAAAAAAAGAAAAAGAUAAGGAGGAAGAGGAAGCUUGGAAGAUGUCACCGAGCGUUUUCCUUCCGGCGAUAGAGGAAGGAAACAGCGUGUACAAAGACUUCUGGAAGAACAAAGACGAGUCCUGGAAUUUCGCCCAGGACUAUGACCCCGAGUUGAUCAAAGAGGAGAAGCGGAAGGAGCUGGAGUCGGAGAUCCGGGUGCAGGUCGACGAGCUCAUGAGACAGGAGCUGAAAAACCUAAAGCUGGCUGUGAACAGAGAGAAGGAGCUCCCCGCCAAAGGGAAAAAGAAGAAAGGAGGUAAAAAUAAAAAGAAGGGGAAGAAAGGCAGAAAAGGGAGAAAGGAGAAGGAUAGAGACCUGACGGCCGACAGAACCAUCGAGUCCCUGUACAAGGAGCUGGUGGAGGAGGGGCUGCUGGUCCAGGCCCGGAAGGUCAGCCUCUCGGAUUACAUCGGGGAGUACAGCUACCUGGGGACCACGCUGCGCCAGGUGGCGGUGGAGCCCAUGCCGUCCCUCCUGGACGUCCGGCAGCUCGUCACCCUGUAUGGAGUCCUGCCGCUAGGCUCCGCGGAGGUGCACGAGAAGGCGCCUCUGGUGAGGUCCCUGCUGCUGGCCGGGCCCUCGGGGGUCGGGAAGAAGAUGCUGGUCCACGCCAUCUGCAACGAGACGGGCGCCAACCUCUUCAACCUGUCUGCGGACAACAUUGCGGGGAAGUACCCCGGCAAGAGCGGCCUGCAGAUGAUGCUGCACCUGGUCCUCAAGGUGGCCCGCCAGCUGCAGCCGUCCGUGGUGUGGAUCGGAGACACGGAGAAAACCUUCUAUAGAAAAGUCCCCAGCACCGAAAGGAUGAUUGAACCGAAACGCCUGAAAAAACACCUUCCCAAAAUCCUGAAACUCCUGAAACCAAACGACAGGAUUCUGAUUGUGGGCACCACCCGCCGCCCUUUCGACGCCGAGCUGCAGGCUUUAUGCAGAGUGUACCAGAAAAUCAUCUUGGUCCCCAGACCGGACUACGCGUCCAGAUACGUCUUGUGGAGACAGGUCAUUCAGCGCUUCGGGGGGGUCAUCACGAACACCCUGAACAUAAGCUGCCUGGCGAAGAUCAGUGACGGCUUCACGCAGGGCCACGUCGUGCAGGCGGUGAGGAGCGUGCUCACGGACCGCAGGGUGCGGCGGCAGCCGCGCAAGCCGCUCGUCGCUGUGGAGUUCGUGGCGGCUCUGAGCAGCCAGAGCCCCGUCUACCAGGAGGAGGAGGACAGCUUCAAGAACUGGUACGCCAAAACCCCUCUGGGUAAGAAGCGCACCCUGGCCUUGCAGGGAGGGAAUGCGGACAAGGCCAAGGAUAAAGGAAAGAAGGGGAAGAAAGGGAAAAAGGAGAGGAAGAAAAAGUAACGCCUUCCCAAGGAGCCAUCCUGGGUCCCGCUUCGCAACUCGGCCCCCACUCCAGUCUGAAGAAGACCCUCGCCCAUGCCACCAGCCCCAGAAUCCUCCCAGUCGGACCCUCGCUGGGCUGCCCACCGCGUCUGCUGCCCGCCGUCCUAGAGUUUGCGAUUGUCCCUUAGCCUCCGGUAGUUUGUACAUAACCAAAACUCACGCACAGUCUUCACGAUCGGACACUUUGUCUCGUCCGUGCUCGUUGCCAAAUUUCACGCGUGACAGGAAGUGCUCUCGUUUGACAGCUGGCAACGCACCGCAGUCUGUUAUCAGUCCAUAUGUAUAUUAUAUUCUCUUGCACAUAUUUUAAUGAAUGAAUUCUUUGCACUAAUCAUAGACUUUAUAUAAUGGAAUAAAAUUCUCUGGUCCUUGAACUGA